CCCAAGGCUGCUCCAGGACGAUAAGGAGUCUUGCUUCACCCUUCGAGGAUAAAGGUUGUCUCCGGUUGCUAGGCUCCCCCGCCCGUACGCAUAAGUGUAAAGGCUGAAGAACCGGGCCGUGGCAAGUGGUGGUGGGGGAAUAUCUCUGACACGUUUCACUUUUUGCCGAUGGGCUGAGAAGGGUGUGUGAGGUCCAGGCCCAUGGAGCUCCUGGCCUGCAGUGUCUUGAUCAGGAGCAUGGAACCUCUACCAGGAUGGGGGUCUUCAUCCUGGAGCCAGGCCCCUACAGACAACACCUACAGGCUGGUCUUGCGUGUCUUCCUUUUGAACUUCCUGCAGUGUAUCUCUGUCCAGCCCCUGUGCAGAGAGGAAGAGUAUUCUGUGGGGGGCGAGUGCUGCCCCAUGUGCAACCCAGGUUACCAUGUGAAGCAAGCCUGCAGUGAGCGGACAGGCACAGUGUGUGCCCCCUGCCCCCCGCAGACAUACACUGCCCAUGCAAACGGCCUGAGCGAAUGCCUGUCCUGCGGAGUCUGUGACCCAGACAUGGGCCUAGUGACCUGGCAGGAGUGCUCCAGCCGGGAGGACACGGUGUGCCGCUGCAUCCCAGGCUAUUUCUGUGAGACCCAGGAGGGGGACCACUGUUCCACGUGCCUGCCGCACACCGCCUGCCCUCUGGGACAGAGGGUACUCAAGAGAGGUAAUCACAGCCAGGACACUGUAUGUGUUGACUGCCUGACAGGAACCUUCUCAUCUGGAGGAAAUCAGGAGGAAUGUCUGCCCUGGACCAAGUGCAAUGCAUGGUUUCAGAAAGAAGCCGAACAGGGGACCAGCAGUACAGAUGUCACCUGCUCCUUCUCCGGGCAAUUCUACACCAUUUUGUCCAUCCCUUUGGUUUUGGCUGUCCUAACAGCCUGCAUCUACUUUGGAAGGAAACUACUGCAAGCCAGACUGGUGGCCCGGGAACGUGAGCCUUUGCAGGGGCAGGGACAAGAUGACACUGUCAAGUAUCCAGUUACCGAGGUUGGGCAUCCUGCAGCCGAGGAAGAGACAGCUUUCAACCUUGUGGAUUCUGUGUGACCGGACACCUAGGAGGCCCUAGUGGGAGACUUCCAUAUGCCUGCGGAGCGUGACUGCUGCCCUGGGCUGCUCCAGGGCCGUACAGCAGCAGAGAUGUGGUUUUAGCUCAGAGUCAAGGAGUUGCUUUGCCAUUCUUACUGUUAAGUGAGGUUUGGGGGCCUCUACCUUUUCCCAUCUGUUCCCACGUGCCCCUUCAUCCAAAUCCCCUGGAGGUGGUGAGCCAAAAACCUCUGAUGUCAAUAACAGCUACCACCGACCCUACUGCCCAGUUCUUCCAGUCAGCUCAGAACAGCUUCUGCCAGUCCCGGAUAUGUUAAGCCCGGGCCUGGUUGUCUGGUGAGCUGGUGGAGCUCUGCAUCCUGGAACUGGGGUGCACCUAGUGACAUGUGAACCAGGCAUUAGGGGAUUCGUUUAUUUUGGGGGGACUGAGCUAUGUUCCCAGCUAUAUUUUCACUUUUAUUUUGAGGCAGAGUCCUAUGCCGCUGUCAGGACCCAUUCUGGACUCAGCCUGUAUCUUGGGCAAGCCUUAGACUCGAUCCUCUCUACCUCAGCCUCUCAAGUAACUGUGAUUACUUCUGUGGGCCUCCAGGCUGGGACAGGAUGAUUUUCAGUUCUUUUCUUCUCGUGUGUGUGUGUGUGUGUGUGUGUGUGUGUGUAUGCGCGUGCGCACGUACAUGUGCCCAUGUGUGCAUCUUUUUUUUUUUUUUGAGACAGGGUUUCUCUGUGGCUUUGGAGGCUGUCCUGGAACUCGCUUGGUAGUCCAGGCUGGUCUCGAACUCACAGAGAUCCGCCUGCCUCUGCCUCCCAAGUGCUGGGAUUAAAGGCGUGUGCCACCAACGCCCGGCCCCAUGUGUGCAUCUUGAGCCAGUUUGGGGCUCACCAAUUCAGCUAGACUAGUCUACUACUGAGCCCUUGUCUCUGUCUUCUCAGUGCUGGGAGGAGACAGCACUACGCCAAACCUCUUAAGUGGGUUCUGGGGAUGAACUUAGGUUCAAGAACUCAUGUUCUUACGCUUGUGGGGCAAAUGCUUAACGACUGAGCCAUUCUCCUGUCCUCAGAACAAUUUUCUGAAUUACGUCUUUAUUUGUUCUUAUUUCCCCUACUUGUUAGAAGAAAUAAAUAUUUUUGUUACAUUCCCCGUCUCUAUGUAGACAUCUUGUAUCUCAUCAGACAUUUGUCUGUCCUGUGACUGUGAUGGCAGCUACUCCACGGUGACUCUGUCCCUGUGUCAUGCGGUCAUUGGUGAGGGGCAUCCGCCGGCAGGAGGUGCAGUCACCCUCACUGAUGCGAUCUUGCUCAGUGGCUUUGAUUCCUUCACUGCCAUACUUUUCCAGCCCUGGUGUACCAACAGGAGUCUUUGGACCUUUCACGUCGAGCCAAGUGACAUGCCCCGGUCUCUGCUUGUCUCCUUGCCGAAGCCCUGGCAUCGGUUCCAAGUAACUAUGUGCAUUUACAGAGCUUAGUGUCACUGCUCAUUCUGAGGUGCACAGUGGUCAACCUUGAUUGCCAGCUUGAUUGAGUCCAGAGGGUCCUUCGAGGUCAGUAAGACACAUUCAGGGUGCACCUGUGGAGCAUCUCCAGAGAGGGUUUGCUGAGGGGAGAUUCCCAUCCUCGGCACGGGUGCAACCAACCCAUGGGGUACACCAAGAUGGAAGAAAAUGAGUGCCAGUAUCUCCUCCCUGCUCCCUGGUGGCUGGGAGGCGGGAUGCUCUGUCACAUCACAGAAACAACAGAGCCAGCCAUCAUGGACACUGCUGAACCGGUGAGCUGAAACACACCCUUCCUCCUUGAAGUAUUUCCCACAGGGGUGGGCCGUCUCAUUGAUGCUACAAUGUAGCAGCUCUGUGUAUCUGUCAUUUCAUCUCUGUCUUAAUUACGUUCUGUUGUUGUGAAAGGACACUAAUGAAAGGAAGCAUUGACUGAGGGCUUGCUCACAGUUUCAGAGGGCUAGUCUGUUAUCUUCAUGACAGGGAGAAGACAGGCAUGGAGGAGUCUCUGAGAACUUUAUAUUCUCAUCCACAAGCAAGAGAGAGAGACACACACACACACAGAGACAGACAGACACAGAGAGAGAGAUACAGAGAGAGAUCUUGAUGCAGGCUUUUAAAGCCCACCUCCAGAGACACACUUCCUUCAACAAGGCACCACCUCUAAUCCUUCCCUAUGUUCCACUAACUGGGGCCCGACUCUUCUAAAGCAGGAGCCUAUGGGACCACCCUCCUUCAAACAACCACAGUCUCCACGUCUGCCUUUCUCAUCUCUGUCUGUCAUCCACCUACCUUCUCUCUUUGUCAUCCAUAUUUUCUUGCCUUUCAUGUGCCUGUCUAUCUUUUUUUUUUUUGAGACAGGUAGCUUUGGAGGCUGUCCUGGAACUUGCUCUGUAGACCAGGCUGACCUCUCGAACUCACAGAGAUCUGCCUGCCUCUGCCUCCCGAGUGCCUGUCUAUCUUCUUUAUCCCAUAUAAUUUGCUGCUCACCCGCUCCCUAGCCCACGGAACAAGCAGAAGAGCUUGCGUGUUGAUGCUGGUGGUUAAGGAAGCUGAGUCAGGAGGAAGAGAUGGGCAGGCCGUACAAGUGCCUGCCGUUUGCUAUGAUACCUAUGGAUUGUAAUUAGACUGCAGAAGGAGCCUGCAUCGAUGUCUCACAAAGACGACACUGGAACCUGGCGAUCGUCAAGAAGAGAGCCAGUAACACAGAGGGACCUGUCCACCGAAGAAUCAUACCGACUUUUAAGUGCAUGCACAGAUGCAGCUUGGCCCAGUGCAGCCUUCCUGAGUCUUAACUCCACAGCAGCUGCUGACCUACCUGGUCUGUGUUCAACAGAGUCUCCCAACAAAGUAAAGGGGACAGACCACUAGAGUGCAACACGGGGGCCUUUUGUGGGGACUCUGUGCUGUUGGCAUCCAGAAUGUGCUCGAUGCCCCUGGUGUAAGCUUAAGAAAAAUCACGUGGACCAGG